AUGCAAAACAUGGCUUUCAGAUCGGUCGUUGUCCUACCUACCUUAGUACUUAUUUUCUUCAAAGUUUCAAACUCACUUGAUCAGCGCAAAUGUAAUGCUACAGAACCAUCAACGGAUAAGAAUGCUGAGAAGGAGAUUGAAACCUCGAUUCUAAAUGAUGCAAACGUAGCAGGUAGAUUCAAGCGAUCGAUGGCAGUUGGACGAGCUCAUUUCCGACCCGGUAAACGAAAUAAAAUUAAUGGUUAUGGCGAUAUCAGACAAUUAAUUGAAGAAGGGAUGGGAAAAAGAAACCCCGAAAUUACAGAAUUACAUAUUUACGAUGAUAUCAAUCUAUUUGCUGCUAACAGUGACAUAAAAUGGCCACUUGCUUUCGGUCGGUCAAAAUCUGGAAAAGGCUCACCAACUAUCGAAGGAAGAGGUUUCAAACAAGAAAAGAGGCUUUCAUCGCUGUGUGGCGAACUCGACUUCAAUGCUUUUCAUUCUAAAGGCACUAUUACAUUAAAGGACUACUUGAUACUUGAAAUAUGUGGCUUAGCCUAG